AUGGGUGUUAAAGAUCUGUGGACAAUCCUCACUCCCCAUGCCGAACGCAAGCCCAUCUGUGAGUUAAGAGGCAAAACGGUUGCCAUAGAUUUGGCUGGUUGGGUAUGUGAGAGUCUUAAUGUUGUUGAUUAUUUUGUACAUCCCCGACAUCAUCUGAAAAAUUUAUUUUUUCGAACUUGUUACUUAAUAUGGGAAGAAGUGACACCGGUUUUUGUUUUGGAAGGUACGGCUCCCAAGUUGAAAAGUCAGGUUAUGGAAAAACGUAAUGAAAUACAAUUUCGUGGUGUUCGGCCCAAGGACAAACCACCCACGCAAAGUCAACAGCCGACCAAUUCACAAUCAUCCAAGGGUGGUGAGAAAGGAAGAUCACGUUUUAAUAUGGUUCUGAAACAGUGUGAAAAUCUUCUUACUGCCAUGGGCAUACAGUGUGUUCAGGGUCCUGGCGAGGCAGAGGCAUAUUGUGCUUUUUUAAAUCAAAAGGGUUUGGUAGACGGUGUUAUUAGCCAAGAUUCCGACUGCUUUGCUUAUGGUGCGGUGCGUGUGUAUCGCAAUUUUUCUGUAUCAUCUCAAGGGGCUUUAGCAGCACAAGGUGGUGCCGUUGAUAUUUACGAUAUGCGUCAAAUUUGUAGUAAAAUGGAUUUUGGACAAAAUAAAGUCAUUGUCAUGGCCCUGUUAUGUGGUUGUGAUUAUUGCCCAGAUGGUAUUGGUGGCAUUGGGCGUGAUAGCGUUGUUAAACUAUUCAAUAAAUAUACAAAUGAUGAAAUAUUAAAUAAGAUACGCUGCUGGCGUUACGAAGAUGCCAAAUAUUCGGCACUAGAAAUGAGAGUAGACGACAAGAGUAUAUGUACCAAUUGCGGGCACUUGGGACGAACCCAAAGUCAUACGAAAAGUGGAUGUGGUGUUUGUCGUACCAAUCGUGGAUGUGAUGAAAGCCUUUGGAAAGAAGAACGACUAUCUAUAAAGGCCGAAUUGACACUACGAAAAAAAGCUUUGGCCGAUCCAACAUUUCCUUCGGAAGCUAUAAUCGAAGAAUUUCUAAAGCAACCGAAAGCUAUUCCCAAAUUGGAUCUGCGUUGGCGACAACCCAAUAUGGUCAAAUUCAUAAAACAAAUAGGUCAUCUCUUACAAUGGCAAGAAAUUUAUUGCUUUCAGAAAUUCUUUCCGAUUUUAACACGAUGGCAGGUUAUGAAUGCUGUCCGAUUAAAAGAAAUGCCAUCGGCAGUUGUUUACAUUGUUCCGAAAGAAAUUGUAAAGAAGAGAGUGGUAAAAAGUAUACCCAGUUUAGAAAUUGUUUGGCAUGAUGAAAAGGGUAUUUUUAGUGGACUUGUACCGGAUGUCCAAUUGCAAGACUUCGAAUCGGAAAAUCCCAAAGGUAUUACUGAUCUUUGGACAACGGUUGAACCAAUGAGUAUGAUGGAAACGGCAUUUCCCGAACAGGUGGAGGCAUUUCUAAAGUCGAAAGAGAAACCCAAGAAAGCCGCCAAAAAGCCUAGAAACAAAGCAAAACCAUUAAGUUCAUUGGAGAAUCUGGAUGAUUUAAUAAAGGCCACAAAUGAAGUAUCGAAAACGGUAAAGCCCAAACGUCAAACCAAACCUAAAUCUACUGCAAUACAAGGAAUGCAAUCAAUUGAUAAAUAUUUCAAACAAACCAGUGUAACUCCUUUGAAGACGAGAGACAAAUUAUCUGUACCCAAGAAUCAAAGUUCAACUCCUCUUACCAAAAGUGUUCCUUCGGAUUUAGAAAGUGACGAUGAUGAAGACCCGAAUGCUUUUAAUCUUUCGGACAUUGUAAAUGGUAUUGUGGCGAAAGAUCAUGCUGGACUUGUUUUGACCACCCAUCAAGGACGACAAUUACAAUACGAAGCUAUGCCUAAAGAUAUUAGCCUUUUACUAAAUGAACUUAAUAAUUCAAUCACGCUAGGGAAUACCAGCCAUCUACAAACAAAGCCCUGUAUAGAUGAUACAGAUGUAUUGUGUGAAAAACGCGUUUUAUCCAUAUCCUUUCAGAAAUCCACAAAUGCCGAAGCAAAACGCAGGUCGUUGGAUGAUAGUUUCGAUGUUUUAGUUAAAAUUGGAACCAAUAGAGUGGAAAAAAUUAAAGAAUUUAAAAUAUCUACAGAAAAUCUUGCAGAUAUUUCAAGUAAACCCCUAAACGUGGUGGAUCGUUUCAAGCAAAAACAACGAAUAAGUUUAAAUUUCAAUACAAACAAUAGUAUCGUUCAGAGUGAAACGGAUGAUGCCAAUGGAGUUAGUUAUUUCUUUAAUAGUAGUUUCCAAACCGAGAAUGAAGAUGUAUUUGAAAAGCUCAUGGAAACAAGUUUAGCUAAGCGUGACACAAGCGACAAUCAGAAUACUGAUGAUGAUGAUGAUGGAUGUAUUCUUUUAAGUGAUUAG